UUCAUACCCUAGGAGUUCAUGAAAUUCCCCUUUCGACGAGUUAGGUUUAAUUUCCGAGUUCGAAUCCUGUCUGUUUCCGAAUUGUCUGAGCGAAAGACAUGGAUUCCGAAGGGCAAAGACUUCCAUCUAACCCCUCGGCAAUGUUGUCGUCUCUUCUGGCCAAGAGAGCCAAGCUUCACGAAGAACUCCGCAACAUCGAGAAGCAGGUGUAUGAGAUGGAGACAAGUUAUUUGCAGGACCCGAGUCAAUGUGGGAAUGUGCUGAAAGGUUUUGAAGGGUUUCUUUCUACAUCCAAGAGUACAGCCCUCUUGAAGCGCUCGAGGAAAUUUCAGCCUGAAGACAGGCUUUUCUCUUUGUCUUCAGUCACCUCACCAGCUGCUGAAGAGCUUGCAGGGGGAAGAGAUGGUGAGUUACAAGACAUCUAUUCUUUUAUGCGCUCUAUACUUAAAAAUUUUUCUACGCUCUCUUUUUGUUUUUUUCAGAUGGGAGAUCAGAUCUUGGAGUUGGGAGAUCUAAGGGGGGUAUAUACGCCAAUGGGCAGGGAAAACCAAAGAAGGGAAGACCAACACCAAGAGAUGCAAAGAAAAACAGGGCUGCUGAACAAGAUUUUGACUAUGAGGACGAUCCUGAUUUGACCUCCUAGAAUUCCAUGCCCCAGCAAUUUAACCUGUCUUUAUAGAGGUUUUUAGAAACCAUUAGUUUCCUGUAAAUUUCUUCUUGAAGAUAUAAUUUUUUGGCUUUUUACCCCCUUCUAUAAUUUCUUAAUAGAAAUGGAAGCUGAAGUCAACAGGACGCCAUCUGAAAUAUAUAGAGCUCAUCUUUUUUGGCAAAUACAUAAACUCACCUCUUCUGUCGUUGAUUGUAAUUGAGGUCCACGAAUCCUUUUGGAUCUCAAACUUGAGAUUUGUGAUUCUAUUCGGCGAGAUAAGCUGGCUGCAUGUAUAUAUCUUUUUGCGUUGUUAAUGUGGAUGAGACCGUACUUGUGUUUGGUUCAA